GCGUGAAGGAGCGCAUUCUGUUCAUCCCAUUGUUGUGUGGAUAUUUCUUUAUUGCUUGUCCAUUCAUGUGUUGAAGGCGUUCGCAAACAAGUUCAAAUGUAUGAGGACGUUUGAAGCGUAGGUGGGUUCCCAGAUUUGACAUUGUGGCAGGAAGAAUGAGCCCAGAGGAUGUGGAUGAGUUCCCAGGGAGACUGCUACAUCAGGCGGCGCUCUGGGACAACGCCGAGCUGCUGGAGGAUCUCCUGGCCAGCGAGGAGAUCGCGCACAUCAGCUCGCGCGACUCCUGGGGCCGCACGCCGCUGCACGCCGCCGCCACCACCUACAGCUCGCGCUGUCUGCGCGUGCUGCUCCAGUCGGGCGCGGACCCGGAUGUGCCGUGCGGCCCUCGCGGCGAAUACCGGACGUCGCUGCACCUGGCGGCCGAGCACGGCCACCUGGAGAACGUGCGACUGCUGCUGGAGAGCGGCGCCGACCUGCUGCUCAAGGACCACUGCGGCCUCACCGCCAUGGACCUGGCCGGCCGCGGCGACCACGCCGACUGCAUGCAGCUGCUGCGGGAAACGGCAG